GGUAGGUCAGGUGUGAAAACACUUCUGAAAACAUCGUGCCCAUCUGAUGAACCCUCGGACUGUGAGCUUGCCUGACCUGGUCUCGGAGAGGAAGAGGAACACCGCACUUUCGCUCUCCGAGGGCUUCUCUGGAGCCAAGCACACUGGAGCCUUAGCCGCCACAACUCAAACCUCUUGGCCAGGACGACCUGGCAAAGACCCUUAUGCAGGUGCUGAUGAGAACAUCUCAAAGGGGCUCAAUUUCACACUGCCGCUUUAUUACAGGUGCCGACAACUGGUGCUCAACACGGAGAAGUCUGGCCACAGAGUGCCACAGAAGAUGCAGAUGGAGCUGCGGUCUUUAGAAAAGUCAGUUGCUGGCGAUAUCCGAGCACUGAACCCUCUCCUCUUUCAGCGCUUCGAUGAUGUCCAGCUAGAUAGGCUGCUUCGUGCCAUGCCUUUCCUGAGGCUCUCUGUUGGCCGUUGGCUGUUCGGCUGUGAUCAGCUGGCAGCAGCCUGGCCAAAAGGUUCCAGAUCCUUUCUGCUCAUGGCAGGCAAAAUCAAUCUCUUCCUAGAUCCCAAUGGCGUGGGUGAACGUCAAGAGAUUGGCAGAGGAGCCAUCUUUGGAGAGAAGCAUUUCAGGCUGGGCGAUGAGUCCAUGCUGGACGCAGUAGGUGGUGCUGCCCAGUGUGAAGAGCCAUGUGUGAUUGGAGUUCUUGGCACCGAAGUGUUAGAGGCAGCGUAUGCAGACCGUGCCUUUGGAAAUCGCAAGAUUGCUUUGAGCAUGCGGCACGCACCUGCACUUUCUCGUGUAGUUCUCCCUGAAGGCUUUGUAAAUGGCAAGGUGGACUUCGCAUCGUUGAGCUUUGCGGAGAAGACCAAGCUGCUCGAGGAGAAGCAGUCUGGCGCCGUAAAGCAUGCUUUGGAGGAGUUGGCCAAGGUCUCCACUCAACUCCACUUGCUCUCGGGCCAGGAGCUUCUCAGUGACCAGCCCAUUGACAGCAGCGUGAUUAUGGUUUCCAAAGGCAGCAUUGAAGUUCGGGGCGACAUCAAGCUAACAGAGAGGCUCGAUGUCUUGCCUCCCAAGAAGAAGCGCAUGCGCAUUUUUCUCGACAGAGCCGAGAAGCUCGCAGGCGAUUCGAUCUUUGACAAGCUCGAUCCCUACUGCAUCGUGAAGUUGGGCGAGUUCAAGCGCUUUCAGACCCCAGUGAUGUGGAAUGUCGGUGUGAAUCCGCAAUUCGAGUAUCAGGGUGUCCUGACCUAUGCAGAUGAGGAGGAACUGGAAAUCAUCGUGAUGGACUACGACAAGUUCUCUGCGGAUGAUUUGUGUGGCAGCUGCACCGUCAAGGUCUCUGACUUGUAUGAUGGUUGGUAUGGCAAGGUGGACCUGAUGAGGCCAAAGCGAAGCUUGGGAGCCGCCAAAGAUGAUGAACACAUGCUGGAGCUUGCAGGGAGGCUCUAUUUUGGGGUCAAGUACGAUUAUGAGAAGAUCAGUGCCCUUACAAAGAAGCCUAAGGAGAAAAGUUGGCCGGACCAGGUUCUCUUCAGUCUGGACAAUCUGGAUGCUUGGGGUCAUGAAACCAUCAUGCUGGGACCAGUCUUCAUGAAAACCUUGGAAGGGGCAGCCAGUCAGACUGCCUUUGCUUUGGAACUCACGAACUUCCGCAUCUUCGGCGGGUACCAGCGAGGAGGUGCAAAUGAGAAGAUCGUGCUUUUGAAGGCUUCCAAGAAGAGGUUUAUGGACUUUGUGAAGAAAAGCCAGAAGGAGAAACAGUUUUUGCAGUCCUGCCGUCUUUCGACGCUGGACAAGCAGGUGACCAUCAAGGGCAUCAUCAAGUCGCUCAUCGAACGCUGGGAGACGGAAGACCAAACCGAAAACUUCCGCAAAGGUGUCUUCCAGACGAAGGUCGUGGAGGCGGUAGACCCCAGCAGGUUCCGCGUCGCGUACCGCGGCGCCAAGGCACUGGUGACCGUGCGGAAUGCCCUCAACCUGAGCGGCGGUGGAUGGUUCGACAAGCUGGAUCCAUAUGCCAUCUUGAGGUUUCGAGGCAGCAAAGCUGAGUUUAGAACGAGUGUUCUUCAAGAUGCUGGCGGCGAUCCCAUUUGGAAUUGCGAAGGCUAUCUGCCAUACAGCGGGGAAGUGGCCUUGGAAAUCUCAGUUUGGGACUAUGACCAUUACAGCUCGGACGACCUGAUCGGAACCGGCGUCGUGCAGGUGGAACAGUUCUGCAAUGGCUUUGAGGGAAUGGUUCCAUUGAGCCUGCCCAGUGACAAGAAGAACAAGAAAAAGGCACUGAAACAGAGCAUGAUCACCAUCGGCAUUUUGUGGGAUGCCCCGCCGCAGGAUCCUGCUGCGAAGCUGGACCCUGCUUUGACACUCCAAUCGGCUGGCACGAAAGCGCUCAGAUGAGAAUGCUCGCGGAGGGAUUUUCUAGGACCAGACAGAAUCAAAUGAGUCUUCGCGAGCAGUCUGUGGUCGUGGUUUGUGGUCGUGGUCUCGUUUGGCUGUUGUCGGCAUCGAAGACAUCAAAAUCCCUUGGAAUUCCGAGAAGUUCAUUAUAGCUGACCUCAUUUGGGUGGGUCAGCGAAAGGAGGUGAAAC